AUGACCGAAGUCAAAAAAAAUACUAGAAGCGAGAAACCUAGAUAUUAUUUGCCAAUAAAUAGCUCAUUGGAUAUAUCGAGUGUCAGUAUGGCUGGUCUAGAAUCUAAAAUAAUUGAAGAACAAAAUAAUCUUGUAUACGAAUAA